GUUUUGUCAUCAGCAGUCAGUUCAUUACGAAUCGUUAUAACUAAGACGUAAAGCUAAAGAUCGAACAUGAAAAUUCCAUUUGUUUUCCUUGUUAUUUGUGUGGUCGUUUCAUUUGCUCUACCUGAGCGCAACCGAUCCGUUAACAACGAUGUGAGGGAGCAAGCCGAGCAACAACAAGAACCUGAAAAUUUCAAUCAAGAAGCAGCGGUCGUAAAUGAUGAACUAAUCGAUAACCGAGAUGAAAAUUUGGACGAAAAAAUUAUCUCGUCAAAUCAAACAGCUGCUGAAGGAGACAAACGCAAUAAUUGGAUAAGACGUAGACACAAUCGAAGAUUUUGGCUUAGAAAUGUAGAAGGAAGACGUGGCAGAAAUAGUACUGAUGAGAUGAAUAAAGGAGAACGCAGACAUCCUAUUAUGCAUACCACGAUUUGGCAAGAAGCACAAACGUUAUUGCCGGGUAAUGGGAUAUUUGGCACUGAAAAUAGUCAUCGUAGACACCAUCAUCGUCAUCAUCAUCACCAUCACCACAAAAAUUGUACCACUACUACAGUACCACCAUCAACGACCACUACAACUACGCCUACACCAAUGUCUGAAAUGGAAGAGAUGGCAUUGUAUCGUCAUCUGACUCCCAACUGAUGGCAUUUAUCAAGGAAUCCUAGGUGAUGAUGCAGGACCACUUACCACGUAACUGCUAGUUACAUUAUUUUCAGUGAAUUGAAAGCGAAGACAAAAUAAAAUAGAUUUUUGCA